AUGCAGGUCUUCUCUGUUCUCUUCAGCGAAGGGGCUGGAACGACUGUAACAAGAUACAAUGACUCUAUCUCCCUAGUCAAGUACGGAGAGUAUGUGCAUAGUCAGAUACGGCGCUUCAUCGUCGUUAGGACGAGGCAAGGGUUUGCCUACUCCGUCCCUAUCUUUACCUAUAAUAAUCAAGGGACCAAGAAGCCUGGCGUUGUACCCAGUGAGCAUGCUAUAGCGUUCUCGUACGGGUACCAACCCCUGCUCCUACCCGGCGAAGCAGAGCUUGAGAAGGAACCUAUCUGCAUAGUCAUGAGCCAGCAGGAUCAAGUCCUUUCUACCGCUUCUCGGAUCUUUUUUGGAAUACAACAUCCCAUACAAUAUAACGUGAAAGUAAAGGAUCUAGGCUACGUUCACCCCGACUACCUCGCCAACUUCCUCGGCUACUGGGCGAUGGAGCACCAGAUCGGUACUAUGCAGGAUGUGCAAGACAUAGGCGGCGGCAACGAUAACGACAACGACGAUUCCAAUACACCCACGCCAGGCAACUCUUACCCAGUCUUUUACAACACAUGA